AUGGCUUCGGAGGUGCGCGCAUGGCUUCUCCUCCUCCUCGUCCUCCUAACCGAGGGUGCUAGCUUGGUGCCGGCAGCAGAGGCAGCGCCGGCGCCGCCGCUCAACGUCAACUAUGUGAAGGACUGGGGGCGCCUGGUCGGCCACGGGACUGAGGUUGAUCUCAUCUUGGAUCAGAGCAGCGCGGCUCGUGGUGGUGGGUUCAAGUCCAAGGCCACGUACGGGUCAGGGUUCUUCCACUCGAGGAUGAAGCUGCCGUCCGGCUACACGGCCGGCGUCGUCACAACCUUCUAUGUGAGAUCGAAACUAAUCUUGGAUCAGGGUUCUUGUUGUAGCUUAUUUCGCAGCCAGAAGACGGCACCCGUGACGAGGUGGACUUCGAGUUCCUGGGCGACAAGGCCGGCGUGCCCAUCCACCCUCCAAACCAACUUCUUCGUCAACGGCCACGGCCAGAGGGAGCAGCGGCUGCACCUCUGGUUCGACCCUUCCGCGGACUUCCAUGACUACAAGAUCCUCUGGAACCCCUACCUGCUCGUGAUGUUCGUCGACGAGACGCCGAUCCGGGUGAUGCGCAACCUGAGGAGCACGGUGCCGGGGUACGAGUUCCCAACGAAGCCGAUGCUGAUCCGCGUGAGCAUCUGGGACGGCUCCUCCUGGGCCACGGACGGCGGGCGAACCAAGGUCGACUGGUCCAAGGCACCGUUCACGGCUGGGUACCAGGGGUUCGACGUCAACGGCUGCGCCACCGGCAGCGGGACGCCGUGUGACUCACCGGGCCUGUGGUGGAACGGUGGCGGAUACCGGGACCUCACCCCGAAGCAGCGAGCGGCCUACGAGGGCGUCAAGAAGAGGUACAUGAUCUCCGACUACUGCGCCAACAAGAAAGGCCGCAAGAUCGAGUGCAGCUAUGCUUGA